GUCCGGUGAGAACCCGGCGUGCUCGGUCCCGGCUUUGUAGGGAUGCGAGGUCAAUGGUCAAACGACUACGGCAUGCAAUGGGCACGACGGCGCUCAACAUGCACGAGCGUAUGGACGGCCUGCUGUACGCCCUGGUGCACCCCCAGAAGCCCAUGGUCACCACCCGGGUGCUGGACCUGGUUCACUUCGAUCAGGUGCCCGGAGGGCAGAACGCGUCCAUCGCGGUGAUGUCCUACUCCGGCUACGACAUCGAAGACGCCAUCGUGCUCAACAGGGGGUCCCUCGAUCGAGGGUUCGGGCGGUGCAUGGUCUUCAGGAAGCACCAGGCGCCCAUCCGAAAGUACCCCAACGGCACCCAGGACAAGAUCGUCGGGAAAGUGCGGGCGUCGGAGUUCCCAAGAGGCGAAGAUGACCCGCGAUGGCCACGGUACAAAGCCUUGGACGAGGAUGGUAUCUGCCGCGUGGGGGCCAGGCUCGACCCCGGCACCAUCAUGGUCAACAAGCACAGCCCGGCCAGCACGUCAGGAUCGGGACCUGUCAGCUCGGACUUCGCUUCCACGCCUCUCUCGUACAAGGCGCCGGCAGAAAGCUACGUCGACAAGGUGGUGCUCACGGCUAACGAGAACGAAGACUACCUCAUCAAGAUCCUCCUCCGACAGACCAGAAGACCUGAGGUCGGAGACAAGUUCUCCUCUCGCCACGGUCAGAAGGGUGUGUGCGGCAUCAUCGUUCCUCAGGAAGACAUGCCCUUCGCAGACUCGGGUAUCUGCCCCGACCUCAUCAUGAACCCUCACGGGUUCCCGUCCCGAAUGACCGUGGGGAAGAUGGUUGAGCUGGUCGCCGGAAAGGCUGGGGUGCUGCACGGGCAUCAGGCGUAUGGCACGGCGUUCGGAGAGGAGCACGGUAGUGCUGAUCGCGUCCACCUCUGUUGUCAGGCUCUCGUGGAGCGAGGCUACAGCUACGUCGGGAAGGACAUGCUCACCUCCGGCACCGGUGGAGAGCCCUUGAUGAACUACAUCUUCGCCGGACCAGUCUUUUACCAGAAGCUCAAGCACAUGGUCAUGGACAAGAUGCACGCGAGAGCGAGGGGGCCCCGUGCCGUGCUGACGCGCCAGCCUACCGAGGGGAGGUCGAGGGACGGGGGGCUCCGGCUGGGAGAGAUGGAGCGAGAUUGUCUCAUCGGCUACGGGGCCAGCGCGCUUAUCAUGGAGAGGCUCAUGAUCAGCAGCGACGCUUUCACGGCAAACGUGUGCCAGGGAUGCGGCUUGCUUGGGUACUCGGGAUGGUGUCAAAACUGCCGCAGCCCGGAGAAGAUGGCCGACAUCCGACUACCGUACGCAUGCAAGCUCCUCUUCCAGGAGCUCCAGAGCAUGAACAUCGUGCCCCGGCUUAAGCUUCAAGACUUCUAGCCUGGGAGCUGGGAGCCCGCCUGCCUACCUAGAAGGGUUCGGCGAACGCCGUUCUUGCUCGCAGACGGGAUAGAGUCCCUGAAUGGAUGCACACGUUGAGCUCGUUUUGCGGUGGAGGACACCCCACAAGAGUUGGGGGGAAACGCUUGUGCUCGGUUGAGCUUUUGAGUCCGCGGUGUCAAGGACACGUUGGGUGAUUCAUCGGUUCUGGUUUUGCUUUUCUAAACGAGGGAAAAACACGAUACGCGUAUUUUUU